CUAACCCCCGACCAAUAUCCUCACCUAAGCACCACCAAAGUAUCACAGAAUGUCUCCACUCCCCCAGAAUGUCGCCUUCGUAACCGGCGCCAACGGAAUCAGCGGCUACGCCAUCGUGGAACAUUUCAUCCGCCAACCCAAACUGAAUGGUAACCACCACUCAUCUCUUCUCGCCGAGCUACAAUCCCGGUGUCCCUUGCCCACACCGUGGAUCGACCCACGAGUGGAAUUCGUCGCCGUGGAUUUCCUUGAAUCCGUGGAAACCAUCAUCUCCAAGCUCAAGGAUAUCUGUGCCCCCCGUGUCACACGCUUAUUUCACUUCGUACGUGCAUGA